AUGUUGCGAGGCUCUUAUUUGACCCGCCAUUCAGAUCUCUUAGAUGAGAGAUUAUUGUCGUAUCUCAAGACCAAUGACGGCCAGCAUCUGUAUGAUGUGGCUUGCAAAUGUUGGAACCCUACCUUUCUUCCACCACUCUUGCAUCAGCCUGGCGACAGAAAAGAUGGAAAAAGGAAAAAGGAAAAGAAGGCUGGUUUGGACGAAGAGGAGGGAGUGGAGAGUGACAAGGUAACUGGUGUUAAACCCAGGAAUGAUGAGGAGAUGCUGGCAGAUUUUUUCAACAGAAUUAUGAAGGUGAUCACAAUUGCUAUCAAAGAGCUUCGUCAAGAUCUAGAAGCGAAGCGUCUCAAGAAAUCAGAAAGCCUCGAACUCCUCUGCCAAGUUGACCCCCGCACACAGUUGCAGAUCGAGGCGAUGGAUAUGCUUCCAGCAUUUUUGGGCUGUCGAUGGACUGGCUUUUUUUCUACAUGCAAAAUGACGAGCACACCACUUGCAGUCAAACCUGAUCUUGUAUUGCAGGACAGCGAUGAGAGUGACCCCGCUGGGUCAGACCUCAUAGCGUGGAAUGACGUACUUAUGUUCUGUGAAUUAUUGAAGCUUCCGAUGCGACCUGAAUUGUUGGAUACCUUGUAUGCAAAAGCGUAUGCAGUAUAUAAAGCGCAAUUGAAUCAUCGAUUCGUUUUUGCGCUGUCUAUCACCGACUUUGUCCUUCAAAUCAGCUUGUUUGAUCGCUCAGGAGCAGUCCAUUCACUACCUUAUCACAUCCACAAAAUGCCAGCCGUGCUCAUGGGAAUACUUGGUGGGAGUGUCUACCUAAGUGCCACAAAUAUUGGCUAUGAUCCUACAGUCAUGUUACCCAAAAUUCCUCACCACCUUACACUUAUGCUUCCUCAAACCAUCCCUUCAAUCAAAGUCGGUGACAAGAUGUCACGAGUUCCAAAUACAAACCAUUAUUCCUACUUGAACACUCGUAAAACACCCGUUAAGCGCCCGUCACAAGCGCCUGUCGUCAGCGCUCAGUCAGCAUCUGUACCUAUAACCUUCACAAACCCUAACCCGAACUCAUCCUUUACAUAUCCGAACUUCUCUAUCCCAUUAGCGCCCACUACUUUUAUCUCCGACAUUACUGAUUUUGACUUCCUUUCACAAGCGAUCAAGUCACAUGACUCUAGAACCUUUGAGAACCCUUGCACAGCUGUAACACGUUUUAUGACAUCAUAG